AUUGCCCAUAAAUUACGCCUAAUAUAUAAUUUGGGUUGUACAUAGAAAUAAUGCAUGUAUCUUAGUUGGGGAUAAAAAUAAUGGGUGCCAAUAAUUAUAAGAUUAUCUAUACAUCCAUGACUAAUCACGUCGGUAACGUGCAUGUCAGUACUUUCAAGAAAAAGUCUUAUAAAAGCCUUUUUUUCUUCCACAGAUAUAAACAAGUUUCAUACUUCAAAUCACACCUUCUUCUUCGGAAUAUCAAUUUCAUCCCUUCAAAAAUAUGCAAAAACAGAGUCAUAGCCAUUUCAAGCCAGAGAGAUCAUGGUUCCUCGUUAUAGCAUUAGUAGGUUUAUUAGGAGGUGCACUUUUCAUUUCAUUGUUUCUGAAAACGUCAAACAAUUGGAUCCUUUGCAACAACAAUAAAGCUCCAAGCAUGGGAAAAUAUCUUGUCGAUGAUCAUGGAAAGAACUUGAAUCCACAACAACUCCAACUCAAUGCCAUUUUACACUACGCCACAUCACGAGUGAUACCUCAACAAAAUAUCAACGAAAUCAGGAUAUCUUUUGACGUUCUGAAAAAUCGGACUCCUUGUAAUUUUCUUGUAUUUGGUCUAGGCCAUGAUUCACAAAUGUGGGCAUCAUUUAAUUCCCGUGGAAACACAUUGUUCCUAGAGGAAGAUCCGAAAUGGGUUGAGACCAUACUAAAAGAUGCCCCUUUCCUUCAUGCUGACACCGUGAAAUAUCGUACAAUGUUAUCGGAGGCCGAUGAGCUAGUGGAACAUUACCAUAAAGAACCAGAUUGUUCUGCCAAAAAAUCAUUUAUUCGUGGCAAUCAUGGCUGUAAAUUAGCAUUAGAUAUGUUACCAGAUGAAAUUUACAAUAAAGAAUGGGAUCUAAUUAUGAUAGAUGCACCAAGAGGGUAUUUUGCAGAAGCACCUGGUAGAAUGGCAGCUAUUUAUUCGGCAGCUGUUAUGGCAAGAAAUAGGAAAGGAAAAGGGGUUACACAUGUGUUUUUACACGAUGUGGAUCGUAAGGUAGAGAAGAUUUAUGCUGAGCUCUUCUUGUGUAGGAAAAAUUUGGUCAAAGGAGUAGGAAGACUUUGGCAUUUUGAGAUUCCUCCUGCUUCUAAUGUGGGAAACAGUUUUUGCUAGAAUUUAUUAAUGCCCUUUCUUUACAAUUUUCCUUCCGUUUCUUUUCAUUCCCAAUGUUAUUUAAAUAAUCGCA